ACUUCCCUGUCUUCCUCGAGAAGUUGACUCGGCGGAACUGAACCCCUCUGUCGUCAUAGCCUUGCCGCGCACAUAUCAUAUUUGAACCCAACGCAUCGGAGGCUCGCAAGGUUCUCUGCGCUUGGGUAUCAACUAUUUAUAUUCCGUACUUGUCUAACAUAUGCCCAGGAUGAAAUAGGACCGGACUACGAGGGUUUGGCCGUCCAAGCUGUCAAUAUCCCGACCAAGGGAGCGGGCAUCAGAAUCUUCGAAAGAGAAGCAGAGUUUUCAGCUCCACCUUACCCCAGGCUCCCGGCUCUGCUUCAACUCUAACCCCAUAUUACCCCACACGAAUCAAACCAGCUUUCAAUUGAUAUUCUUGUCCCUCGAACACCAACUCCCAGUUUCUGCCGGCCCUGAGCAGGCCAGAGCAACGUCAUGUCGACCAACAGACCCUUCCUUGCAAAUUUCCUGGCAGCGUUCCGCGCCCAGUCCGCCUACAAGGCUGCCAAACCGCCUUCGCCAGGCCCGUCAACGGGCCUCUCCACUUCCCACGUUGGUUCUGCGAACCCAUCCUCCUCCGGCUCUCGAGCGAUAACCCCCAAGUCUGCUGCUGCUUCCCGAGGAAGUAAUCCAAAUAUCACACCGUCCAGUUCACCACAAUCCACGGCCGCAGCGGUGGCUACAUCAGCAUCUAGCCAUUUCUCUUCACAUCACCACAACCACAGCCACAACGGUAGCAGCGGCCAUCGCCCCACUCAUGGCCACUCACACGCCCACUCCCAUUCCACUUCGCCGCCUCCCCCUACAGCCCGCUCACAGGCCCGUUCUUCCCUCAGUCCCACACCCAGCACUUCGUUGAGCGGAGCUUCGAAUUCCACCUCCCCGGUGGCUAGUUCCACACCGAUCCCCGUUCCAAAUAACAGACAUCGUCGCGGCAGUGAUAGCAGCAGCGGGAGCGGUGGCUUUCGGGACGCGCUAGGCUCAGAGAAGUGGUAUAUUGGAGGGCGCACAGCUACUGGAGAAGAAAAAUUUUAUCCGCUUGGAAUGGUUACCAAAGGCGGAGGUAGACUGAGCGGGAGGGUUGGAAGUGUUGAUCAGCUCAGUCUCUAAAAAGCUGGAGAAUAUUGUGUCAUUUGGACAUCCUCCGUGGAAAUCCUAGUGCUAGCGUGGAGCAAGGAGUCGUCGGUGGUAAACCGCAUCUAUGAUCCGCUUGAUUAGACACAAGAAAAAAAAAAGGUGUACAAAUUACAGGUAUUUUUCUUUCUGGCAAGAUUUGUGUUCCCGGUUAGGUUGGCGCACAUGGAAGGUAUAUGAACGCUGUGUUUAUUCACGGGUUUUGCAUAAAAAUUGAAAUACAUAGAGCGAUCGUGUGUUGUUUGGUUGUUUGUUUGCUCUUUGGCUCUCCCCCGGGUCUUUUAUCUGGGCAUCAACUGUCAUAUAUUCCUGCGGCCACAGGGAAGGGAAAGUGCUCCUUGGAUAUUUAGAUAAGAAACCGA